AAAAUUCCCUAUUGGUUGGUGUCUCAGUUUCCACUAGCAUUGCCGGCAGUUCGAGCGAACAACUGCGUUCAUUUGUGUCUGCACGCUGUACUUGCUGGCGAAACACGUGAAUCCAAUUCGCCGCUUUAAAACGUGGUGAUUUCAUUCUACGCUAACAUAGAACGUUGUUUAUUUCGAACGUAAUAUCGACGAAUAAUGGCUGCAAUGUCCGUCAUCGGUAUCGACUUCGGCAACGAAUCGUGUUAUGUGGCGGUGGCGAAGGCGGGCGGCAUCGAGACAAUCGCCAAUGACUACAGUUUGCGGGCAACGCCAUCAUGCAUUGCAUUUUCGGGCAAAAAUCGCAUUUUGGGGGUGGCCGCCAAAAACCAGCAGGUCACCAACAUGAAAAACACCAUCUUCAAUAUCAAAAGAUUACUGGGUAGGAAAUUUAAGGAUCCGUUAGUCCAAAAGGAAAUCGCUUCUUUGCCUUAUAACAUUUUGGAAACAAAAAAUGGGAAUAUAGGCAUAAAGGUCCAGUAUUUAGAUGAGGAACACAUUUUCUCUCCAGAACAAUGUUUUGCUAUGUUACUUACCAAACUGAAGGACGAUUCUGCCACCGCUUUACAAACACCGAUCAAUGAUUGUGUCAUUUCUGUUCCUUCUUACUUCACCAAUAAUGAGCGCAAGGCUCUGCUAGAUUCAGCGGCGAUUGCGGGACUUAAUGUUCUGAGACUGUUCAAUGAAACCACGGCUACGGCAUUAUCAUACGGCAUUUAUAAGCAGGACUUACCGCCGCCCGAAGAAAAACCGCGGAAUGUUGUGUUCGUAGACUGCGGGCAAUCUUCGCUGCAAGUAUCCGCGGUGGCAUUCCACAAGGGUAAACUAAAGAUGCUAGCCACAGCGUCAGAUCAUGCAUUAGGCGGGCGCAACAUUGAUACGAUACUCGCCGAGCAUUUCGCUAAAGAAUUUCUUGCGAAAUAUCAUAUUGACGCGAGAACUAACGCCAGGGCUUAUGUACGUUUACUCGCUGAGGUAGAAAAGAUUAAGAAGCAGAUGUCUGCUAAUUCAACCCCACUACCAUUGAACAUCGAAUGCUUAAUGAAUGAUAAAGAUGUGCAUAGCGAAAUGAAACGCGCAGAUAUGGAGGAACUAUGCGCGCCAUUAUUCCAGAGAGUAGAGGUGACUUUGAGCACUUUGUUGACUCGCUGCGGUUUGGACGUGGCUGAUAUUCAUUCUGUAGAAGUUGUUGGCGGUUCUACUAGGAUUCCUGCGAUUAAACAGUUGAUUGAGAAAGUUUUCCACCGGCCGGCUAGUACUACACUCAACCAGGAUGAGUCGGUGUCGCGUGGUUGCGCAUUGCAAUGCGCUAUUUUGUCGCCGGCAGUGCGUGUGCGUGAUUUCAGCGUCACCGAUGUCCAAGAAUAUCCCAUUUAUGUUUCCUGGGACGGCAGUGCACAUGAUGAACCUGGUGAGGUUGAAGUGUUUCCGGCUAAUCACGCCGCGCCCUUCUCGAAAAUGCUCAGUUUCUACAGGCAGGAACCCUUCAGCGUUCGGGCAGCGUACAACUGCGAUGUUCCAUACCCCGAUAAACAUAUUGGUGUUUGGACUAUCAAGGACGUGAAGCCUAGUCCGGAUGGUAAAGAGCAGAAGGUGAAGGUCAAGGCUCGAAUUAACUUGCACGGUAUUAUGGCCAUCAGCUCCGCUCAGAUGUACGAGAGCAAGGAAGAACCGAUGGAAGCUGAUGCAGAUGCGCCCAAAGCAGGCGAGGAUGAGGCUAAUGACAAGGAAGCCCAGCCGCCAGCGGAGGCCAAUGGCGCACCUGAGGUAGGCCCCAGCUGGACGAAGAAAAUAUCAGCCUUGUUCGGCCGGGAGAGUGCUGAUGACAAAAAAGAGAAAAAGAAGAAAUCUGUUAAGAGUAUUGAACUCAACAUUGAACCAUCAGUGUAUGGUUUCUCACAGGUUGAACUUAAUCAAUAUACUGAGCAAGAAUUGAAGAUGAUUGCUGCGGAUAGGCAGGAAAAGGAACGUGCGGAUGCGCGAAAUGCUCUUGAAGAAUACGUGUACGAGUUGCGUGGUAAGCUCGGAGCAGAUUGUGAACUAGCUCCGUACGUUUUGGAAUCCGAUGGUUCUGGUCUCCUCUCCCAAUUGGACGAUAUGGAAAAUUGGCUGUACGAAGAUGGCGAAAAUUGCAACCGCCAGGUAUAUGUUGAUAAACUCGCCGAGUUGAAGAGCAAGGGUGAACCCAUUCAAAUGCGUCGCGUUGAGAGUGAGUUGCGACCUAUGAUUCUUGAGAGCUUUUCGCGUAGCCUGCAACUAUCUCACAAGGUAUUGGAGGCGAUGAGAUCUGGUGAUCCGAAGUACGCACACGUUACCGAUGAGGAAAGGAAGAAAGCCGCCGAAGCGUUGGAACAUUCGUUCAAAUGGUUGGAAAAAACUCAUAAUAAAUUAGCUGCUGCAAAGAAGCACGAGAAUCCACCCGUUACCGUAGCGCAAAUCCGCCAGGAAGCGGCGUCGUUUGAAAGCAUCGUCAAUCCUAUCUUCAACAAACCACAACCGAAGGCGCCUUCACCACCUAAAGAUGAGAAACCAGCGAAGGAGAACAACGCGGACGCGAAACAGGAUAAGCAGAAGACGACUGAAAGCAAUUCGGAAGAGAAGAUGGAUUGUUCAUAGAAAUUGCACGUUGUUUAGAUAGAAAACUUAUAUAUAAAAAACUAAAAACGAUAUCAACGUUCGAUAUGAUGUUCAGUUCAUUUACACUUUCCAAAUCAAGUAGCGACAUGGAAUCUGGCGUUCAAUUCACUAAUGCUUUCGGCCGUGGAAUUGUUCAUUUUGUAAACAACUCGACAGAUUUUUCCUAGCAUUUCCUAAAUUUGGUUAGCGACAUUUCCAGAGUUGCGUUUAUUUUGCUGGUGAUAAUAUGAUAAUUCUAGCUACAAAUUGGCACCGUAGGACCACUUUGAGGGUGACAGGGAGGACUAGUGUAAUUAUUUUCUACUUGUAGCCAUUUUUGAACCGCAACCGUAAUUUAUCCGGAUGAUUUUUGUAACUCAGUUUGUUUAUUGGUAUUAAAAUUUGCUAAUACACUCGAAA